UUCGUUCCCAAUCGGGAUCGAUGGAUGGGGGGCCUCGGGUCACGCCCAACACCAGAAGGGGGCGGCGUAAAAAGAAUGAGGGUCGACGGGGGGAGGGACGAAUCGAAGCAACAAAGGGCUGAAGCUCAAUGGAUCGUGGCAACAAGGCCACUCUGCCACUUACAAUACCCCGUUACGUAUUUAAGUCAUCUGCAAAGGAUUCUACCCGUCACUCGAUGGGAAUUGUACUCCAAGGAGGCCUGCGCGGCUCAUCCGCCGUGGGGGCUGCACCUACGACACGUGCCCUUAGGGGCCAUGGGCCCUUACUACGGGUCGACAAUCGAGCGACGGGCGCGCGCGUCACUUCUAGUCCAGAUUCUGACUUAGAGGGAUUCAGUCAUAAUCCAAUGCAUGGUAGCUUCACGCCACUGGCUUUUCAACCAAGCACGAUGACCAAUUGUGCAAAUCAAUGGUUCCUCUCGUACUAG